GUGAGAUUUUUUAAGCUCUGUUUAUCUCUUGCAUAAGUUUUGAUAUUCUUAUUUGUCCUUUCAACUUGUUUACUUUUCUUGGGUAAAGUUUAGCUUCUUUUCUUCAACUUUAGGUAAAUUGUGGUUGAAUCUGUUGAAUGGAGGGUUUGUUUCAUGCAGUCGCCUCCUGAUGGUCGAUUCUCCUUAUAAUUGCAGAAAUGCCAGAUUCUCUAGUCGAUAGAAAUGGUCCAAUAGGUGGUCACUUUAUUUCCACUACAAUUGGAGGCAAAAAUGGCGAGCCCAAGAGAACCAUUAGUUACAUGGCAGAGUGUGUUGUGGGUACAGGUUCAUUUGGAAUAGUUUUUCAGGCAAGAUGCUUGGAAACUGGAGAAGCUGUGGCCAUAAAGAAAGUUUUGCAAGAUAAGCGAUACAAAAAUCGUGAGCUGCAGUUAAUGCGCUUGAUGGAUCAUCCAAAUGUGAUAUCUCUGAAGCAUUGUUUCUUCUCUACUACAACCAAAGAUGAGCUUUUCCUCAAUUUGGUCAUGGAUUAUGUCCCUGAGACAAUGUACAAGGUCUUAAAGCAUUAUAUUAAUUCGAAUCAAAGUAUGCUGCUCAUCUAUGUCAAACUCUACACGUAUCAGUUAUUUAGAGGGCUUGCUUAUAUGCACACAGUUCCAGGGGUCUGUCAUAGGGAUAUAAAACCUCAGAAUAUUUUGGUUGAUCCUCUUACCCACCAGGUCAAGAUUUGUGACUUGGGUAGUGCUAAAGUUCUGGUGAAGGGUGAAGCAAAUAUAUCAUACAUUUGCUCCCGUUACUACCGGGCCCCAGAACUCAUAUUUGGUGCAACAGAAUAUACAAUGUCUAUUGAUAUUUGGUCAGCCGGUUGUGUCCUUGCUGAGCUUCUGUUGGGGCAGCCACUGUUUCCUGGAGAAAAUGCAGUUGACCAACUUGUGGAAAUUAUCAAGGUUCUUGGUACUCCGACUCGAGAGGAAAUUCGAUGUAUGAAUCCAAAUUAUACUGAUUUUAGGUUUCCUCAGAUCAAAGCUCAUCCCUGGCACAAGGUUUUUCACAAGCGGAUGCCUCCUGUAGCAGUUGAUCUCGCUUCACGACUUCUUCAGUAUUCACCGAGUCUUCGCUGCACAGCAGUGAGUUUGACUUGCUCUUCCUUUAGAAAAUGGAUUGCACUAUUUGUCCCCAACCUAUACAGUGUAACAAGUUUGUCCCCAACCUUUUCUUUGGCAUCGCCGCCCCCAGUGUCAUAUUUAACUAGUCCCAAUUAGACAAAAACUGUUCAUUUUGCUUUUAACAAAGCAGGUGUAGCUGUGUAGCAAUGCAUGUGGAAAA